AUGGAGCGUUUACUGGAGCAGCGAUACGCAAUCAAAUUUUGUGUAAAGCUUGGUAACAAGGGCAAAGAGACUCACGACAUGAUUAAGGAGGCCUACGGCGAUGCUGCCAUGCGUAGGGAAAGAGUGGAAGACAACGACCGCUCCGGAUGCCCUUCGACAAGCAAGACCAACGAAAAUGUGUCGCAAGUGAAAAAUUUACUGAACCGUGAUUGCAGGAUGAGUAUCAGAAUGAUUGCUGAUGACUUGAGCAUUCCUCAAACCCAAGUUUUUGAGAUGGUGAAAGAAAACUUAGCCAUGAGGAAAGUGUGCGCAAAGUUUGUGCCGCGAGUGUUGUCAGAGGAUCAAAAGGCCAACCUGAAAGCGAUCUGCCAGGAUCUUCUUCAUCAUAUGAAUGAGGAGCCCGACUUUUUGGACAAUGUAGUGACCGGUGACGAGACGUGGGUGUUUGAAUACAACCCGGAGACCAUCGUCAACAAUUGGCAGCUGCACCAUGACAACGCACGGAGCCACACAGCGUUCCGCGUAGUGGAGUAUCUUGCCCAGCACAAGGUGGCAACACUGCCUCAGCCUUCCUACAGCCCCAACUUGGCCCUGCCAGACUUUUUUCUAUUCCCAAGAAUAAAAUCGACCCUCAAGGGGAAGCAUCACGCAUCAGUAGAAGCACUUCAAGAGGCCAUGACGAGGGAGCUAAACAGCAUUCCGGUCCAGGCAUUCCUGGAGGCGUACGAAAACUGGAAAACUUGUUGA